GGGGUGCCGGGAGCUGUAGUUCCCCCCAUCCCCUCCCAGCCCGGCCAUGGAGGUGCCGGCGGCCGCGGAGCGCAACAAGGGCCCGAUCCUGGCGGUGCUGCGGGAGUGCGCGGGGCGCGGAGCCCCCGCGGGGGCGGCGCUGCGGGUGCUGGAGGUGGGAUCGGGCGCGGGGCUCCACGCCGCGCACUUCGCCCGCGCCCUCCCGCACACGCGCUGGCAGCCCUCGGACAUCGACCCCCGGGCCCUGCGCAGCAUCUCUGCCUACGUGGAGGCCACAGGGCUGCCCAACCUGCUGCCCCCCAUCGUGGUGGAUGUCUCGCAGGGCUGGGAGACGUGGGGGGGCACCCAGCCCGCCUCCCUCGACCUCCUUGUCAGCAUCAACAUGAUGCACAUCGCGGAGCUGCGCUGCACCCAGGGCCUGUUCAAGGGUGCUGGGGUGCUGCUGAAGCCUGGAGGAGUGCUCUUCACCUAUGGGCCCUACGCCGUGGAUGGACAGAUCAGCCCCCAGAGCAACGUGGACUUUGACCGCAGCCUGAGGCAGAGGAACCCCGCCUGGGGGCUGCGGGACACGGCGCUGCUGCGGGAACUGGCCGAGGCCAACGGGCUGCGCCUGGAGAGGAUGGUGGACAUGCCGGCCAACAACAAGAGCCUCAUCUUCCGCAAGCUGUAACUGCCCCGACCUCCAGCACCUCCCGGCACUGCUGCCCCCACUGCUGCCUCCUCGAGGGGUCCCAACGUCCCCCCACAGGUCCCAUCUGGGGACAGCAGUGAUGGGCCAGUGCCAUACUUGCCCCAGCUGGGGGUGGCUUGGCUGGGGGGUCCAUCUCCCCCAGUGCCUUCUCCCUUUGCAGCAGGGACCAGAGGAGGACAGGCAUGGGGGGGGCACAGGUGUGGGAGCGGGGGCACAGCACCCCUGGGUGAGGGGGAGACUUCUUGCUUGGUUUGCUCUGAGGAUGCUGUGCUGAUGGCAGGGGACCCAUCACCCUUCCCCGUUCCCCAGGACUGUGCUGUUCCCCCCAAUAAACUUUGUGGCUUUGGCUCCUCCCUG